AUGGCAGACUUUGACCAUCCUGGCUUACUGUUCUCCAUUGUCAUUGCACUCUCUUUCGUUUCUGUUGCCCAUAUUUCAGCUGCAGAAGUGAAGAAUGGUAGGUUUAGUAUUGAUCUUAUCCAUAGAGAUUCUCCCAAGUCUCCCCUCUACAAUCCUUCUGAAACUCCUGCAGAGCGUUUAGACAGAUUUUUUCGACGUUUCAUGAGUUUUAGCGAAGCUUCAAUCUCCCCCAACACGCCUGAACCGCCAGUUCAUCAAACAAUGUGUCUGCCUUGUCUGUCAUGCUACAAGCAGAAAAACCCCAUGUUUGAUCCUUCAAAAUCUACCUCAUUUAAAGAAGUUUCUUGUGAGUCUCAACAAUGUCGUUUGCUUGAUACUGUUUCCUGUUCUCAGCCCCAAAAGCUCUGUGACUUCAGCUAUGGUUAUGGAGAUGGGUCUCUCACUCAAGGAGUUAUUGCAACAGAAACCUCACCCUCAACUCCAAUUCCGGCCAGCCAGCUUCCAUUCCCAACAUUGUGUUUGGCUGUGGACACAAUAAUCUGGGACUUUCAAUGA